CGCACCGGCAUCGGCAGCGCCAGUGCGCCAUCGCUCUUCAUAGAAAGCUUGGAAUUGCACCAAAAUGUCGUUGUUCAAUUUUUACAUGGAGAGAUGCAAAGAAGAGAACUAUCACCUUGGAAAUAUGCUCUUGGAUUGCUUGCUGAGGAAACCUCCUAAUGGCAUUUUUCAAAUCGACACAGCUACAGGAGAAAGAGAGACAAAUGCAUCGGUUCUGUCUCGCUCCAUUCAACUAGCCAGGAGCUUCAGGAAGCUAGGUCUGAAACCAGGCGAUGUGCUAGCAUUAGGGGGCAGGAACCACCUUGAUCUACAUAUACCCUACUACGCAGCUUUGUACAACGGAAUGCCUAUGUUUGGGGUCGACCCUUACUUUAAAUACACUGAAAUAAAGUUACUCUUCAAAACGGUUAAACCAAAAAUAGCGUACUGUCAACAAGAAAUGUACGAAGACUAUAAAAAAGCGAUUGAAGAUCUAGAGCUGGAUACAAUAAUUGUCUCCUUCGAUGGAGACAGUGGAAACUUUGCUGAAAUCAUGGAAAUUUAUAGAGAAAAUGAACCAAUUGAAACAUUUUCUACUGCUGAAUUCAAUAAAGACAAGAUCUAUGCCUGGUUAGUAAGUACCAGUGGCACUUACGGACGGCCCAAAGUAGCGGCUUUGAAGCAUCAGAUCAUCAUGGAACGAGUGAUUUACUAUAUACAUUUGAAUCAAGUCAAAUCUGACGGAUCCAAAACAUACUUACACUUGUCUCCAAUACAAUGGUUAACAUCUUUUUACAAUGCAAUCGGUCUCUCGAUGAUGAAUAUAUGCAAAAUGCAGACCUCAAAACCCGACGACAUUGAACAUGUUAUAGAUGUUAUUAAUGAGUAUAAGCCAGUAAGCACAACCAUGAGUCCAACGUUGUUGUGGAGUAUCCUACGCCAUGAGAAGCAUUGUGACCUGACUUGUUUUGAGAACAUCAUGAUGACAGGAGCUAAGCCUUAUAAGGAGCUGUUUGCCAAAGCAAAGGCCCGUAUGCGUCCAGGCUCAGUUCUAAUAGAGGCCUAUGGACAGACAGAAACUUUGGGGCCUGUGUUAAAACCCAAUCCAGCAGGACCAGAGGGGACAUGUGGUGUUGCGUCUCCCGCCACCAAAGUUAAGCUAGUAAAUCCUGAGACCGGUCAAGAAAUUACCGAGCCAAACGUUACGGGGGAAUUAUGGUGCAAAGGACCUGUUUUUACGGAGUACUACAACGAUCCAGAGGAGACUGAGAAAGCGUUCACGGACGGGUGGUACAAGACUGGUGAUCUGCUGUAUCGCGACGAGAACGAAAAUUAUUUCUACGUAGACAGAAUUAAGAUGCUUAUUAAGUGUCGAGGAUAUCAUAUAAUACCAACAGAGCUAGAAGAAUUAAUAAGUUCUCUAGAAGGAGUAGAAGAAGUGGCCGUUGUAGGUAUACCAGACCCUAUAGAUGGAGAAAGGCCAGUCGCAUGUGUGGUGAGACAGCCGCGCUUUGACGUCACAUCACAAGAAAUCAAGGAUCUAGUUACUAGUAAAUUAUCAGCGUCCAAACAGCUACGUGGUGGAGUAAUAUUCUUGGAGAAACUACCGAAGACUUCCACCGGAAAGGCCUUGCGACAUGCACUCGUUAAGAUAGCCUUACAAACGAAAAAAUAAUAAGUAGUAAUGUUUCGAUUAAGUGUAAACAAAUUAUCUAUUUGUGUAAAUAACU